AUGUUCCGGCAGGCAGCAGGAUUCCAAAACCUAACCCGGUCUCGCCUUCAGCUUCCUAACCUCGCCCUCGUCUUUCUUCAACCUCCCAGACUUCACCGAAUCCCUAAUCACACCCAAUUCCGUAAACGCGCCUUACUUUUGACUUCUGAGUUCAAUCGACAACCUGCCAACUCGUUAUACUUUCGUUUCGUCGCCGAAUUCACGCUAUGGCUGACAACGGGUCCAUUCUCGAUCGCGCCCUCGACGAGAUCGUGGCCGACAGAUCUACAAACAAUCGAAAUCGCAGACGCGGUCCUGGAAAUCGUACUCCUAGAGAUGGCGUUUCAAAGGCGUGUUCUCCUCCUCCUGCUCCUCCUCCUCCCUCCUGCUCCUCAUACUCUUGAUACAUCAUACCGUUAUCUUCUUCUACCUCACAUUGAACCUCAAACUCGCCCUCAACGUGAUCCUCCUCGAGGCAAUUGGGUCCAUGAUAAAUACGAUGACGGAAACAACAAUCAUCGCCCCAGAGAACCCCGUGGCGAUGGUAGAAAUCGCGAACCUCAUCAGAGUUCAAAAAUUCGCGUCGAAAACCUUCACUAUGACCUUGGAGAGGCUGACCUGAGGGACGUAUUUAGCCGUGUUGGUGAAAUUCGCAGGAUUGAUAUUAUUUAUGACAAGGCUGGACGUUCUGAAGGCAUCGCCAACGUCAUCUAUGCAACCGCGGACGAAGCAAUCCUCGCAGUCGAUCAAUUCGAUGGUGCAAAUGCCAAGGGCCAGCCCAUCCGUGUUAGGCUUGCCUCUCAGCAUGAGCGGGGACCUGGCGGACCCGGCGGACGACGAGGUGGGCACGGAGGUGGCGGGCGCGGAGGUGGCAUGCAAGGCGGAGGGGAGGGCCGAUCAUUGUUUGAAAGAGUCUCUGGAACGCAGGAUGCUGAAGUGGAUGACAAUUCUGGUCGCGGUUCUACACAGCGCAGAGGCGGACCACCAAGAAAUGUUCAAGAGAUGAGACAGAAUGCGAAAGAGCUAGGCAUUGAUCGUUAUAUCCCCGGUGAGCGCGGUGGAUCGCGAGACCGAAGGCAGCCACCUAGACGUGGAGGAAUGGGAGGUGAACGAGAGAGACGCCGUGAUGGUGGUGGACGCGGAGGUAGAGGCGGCGGUGACAGGGGAGGUGAGAGGGGCGGUGAGAGGGCCGGCGGUAUGAAUCGACCAAAGAAGACAGCAGAAGAAUUGGACGCCGAGAUGAACGACUAUUGGGGUUCUACUGGUGGAGAUAGCACCGUCCAGAGCGCCUUUGGACCCGGCGGAACCGGGGAGCAUGUUCCUCAACAGGAACCACAAAAUGGGGGUAGCAAUUUCAUGGCGGAGGUCAACGCUGCAGCUCAGUCCUCGGCAAUAGAUGUGGACGAGGACUUGUAG